UCACCCGCCGCGAACGCAAAUGCGGCGGCCAUUCCCCACCAGAAAAUCCUCGCUCGCCCGCCGCCGCCGCGCACAAUGCUCGUCUUCACCGCUGCAGGAACCUGCCUUCCCUCCCCGGCGCCGCCGACACCCGCAGCCGGAACGGUGCCUCGCCUAGUCCUCCUCCCUCCCCUCACCUCCCGCCGCCACCGCCGCCCGUGCCGCGCCAGGCUCCUCCGGCCGGUCAGAGCGGCCCCGACCACGCCGCCGCCCGCGCCGUCCUCGCGCCCGGCGAGGGACCGCGUGAUCGAGUUCGGCAAGUACAAGGGCCAGAUGCUGGGCACGCUGCCGCCGUCGUACCUGCGCUGGGUCGUGGCGGAGCUCGACUACGGGGACACCGCGGCCUGGGCGAGCCUCGCGCGCGACGUGCUCGACGACCCCAUCUACUUCGACCGCGUCGAGUGGGAGCACGCCCACCGCUUCCUCCGCGGCGACGCCGACUACGACUACACCUACGACGACGGCGACGGGCCGCUCCAGGAGAUGGCCGAGCGCUUCGGGUGGGACCUCUCCGACGAGGAGGGAUGGGGCCGCCUCGACCUCCGCCUCAUCGGCACCUCCUACGGCGGCCGCAUCCCGAGAAAGGGCGCCCGGAAGCAAAGCACCAGCAGAAGCAACAGCAACAGCUCCACCGGCAGCGCCAAGAACGGCUCCCUGUUCGACGUCGGCGCUGACCCGGACGGCGCCAGGGGGAAGCGGGACGAGAGGAGGGAGCGGAUGCGGAUGAGGAGGGAGGACCAGGUGAGGACGGCCAAGAUGGGGAUGCUCGGGGUGAAUGCCGGCGUGCAGGACACCGGCGUUCCGGGGUCGUCGCCGAGGAAGGCUCAGAUUCGGACGGCCAAGAAGGAAAUUUUGGGGCUGGGUCGGGGCAGCCGCGCCGGUGAGGUGCUCGACGAGAAGAGGGCGGCAGGGAAAGGCGGCCAGGGCGCCAACCCCUUCCCCGGCCGGCAAGCUUUCUUGGACAAAGUCAGGAAGCUCAAAGGUGAAGAUAGCUAGCUAGAAAAAUCACGGGAACCAAGAUGAUUUCUACAUGUAAUUGUGUCGAAAUAUUCCUUUUGUUGAGGUUUGCGAUAACGAGAUCCUUCUGUUCUGUGCCA